ACAAAAGAGAGAGAGGCUCUUGACUCGUUGAUACAGUGAGGUUUAGGGCGAGAGGGAGAGGGAGAGGGAGAGGGAGGGGAGAGGAGAGAAUGGUGAAGGAUCUAAUGGUUCUGCUAUUAUGGGUUAGUCUCUCUCUACCUAUGGGGAAAGCUAUAUGGUUGAAUCUUCCUGGUUCAGGAACGAAGUGCGUUUCAGAGGAAAUCCAGAAUAACGUCGUCGUCUUGGCCGAUUACACCGUAGUUUCCGACGAUCGGCCUCACGAGAUUCCAGCCAUCUCUGCCAAGGUCACAUCACCCUUCGGGAACACUGUUCAUCACACAGAGAAUGUUACUCAUGGGCAGUUUGCAUUCACAGCCAACGAGGCUGGGAACUACUUGGCAUGUUUUUGGAUUGUGGGUCCUAAUAAAGAAGCAGGGGCAAGUGUCAACUUGGACUGGAGGAUUGGAAUUGCAGCAAGAGACUGGGACUCUGUUGCCAGAAAAGAGAAGAUUGAGGGUGUUGAACUUGAAUUGAGGAAGCUUGAAGGAGCAGUGGGGGCCAUUCAUGAAAAUUUGCUCUAUCUCAAGAGCAGGGAAGCAGAGAUGAGGGAAGUUAGCGAAACAACCAACACCAGAGUGGCAUGGUUAAGUAUUAUGUCCCUGGGUGUGUGCAUUUGCGUGUCAGUUUUGCAGUUGUGGCACUUGAAGCACUACUUCCAAAAGAAGAAGCUUAUCUAACUCCUCAAAACUAAUUAGCCGACCCCAUAAAGUUGGGAUAAGGCUGAGCUGUUGUUGUUGUUGAAGUACUAUAAGAAUUGAAAGAAGAUUAGAAUACUAUUUAUUUUUUGUACCUUAAUACCAACUUGUCAGGUUGAAUAUUCAUCCUUGUUUGAGAUUUGGGUGAAUGUAGCAUGUUCUAUGUAUAUAAGAAGUCAUCCUCUGUUCUGCCAA